UCGAAAAAAAAUUAAAAUUUCUUUGGAAAAAAGGGAAAAAAAUUGAUGUCCAAACGGGCUCUAAGUCUAACUCAAUCAAGAAACUAGCCUAUGAGGUACUAAAAGAUAAGGACGGUUCAAAACCAUAUACUCCGAAAUAUAUAUUACCACAUUCACCACCAAUGUGGAUACAAGAGCAGAAUGGAACUGAGAAGACCGAGGACGGUGGGACAGUGGGCUUUGGACAGUAUUAGGAUAGUUCGAAAUUGAAGGAGGAUAAGGACACGCCAACGGCACAUACAACAUUUCCUUGAGUUGCAUAUGAAGAAUGAUGAUGCAGAGACAAACCUGGACAUUAUAUUCCAAGAGGGAUAAAAUAACGUUUUAUCUUAUCAACAUGAGAUAACAUAUGGUAUGUGCCAAGACAAAACUAAAUUUAGACUUUCUGCAGCCAACCUUCAGGGAGAAAUUAAAAUCCAGCAGCCACAGUUUAGAUUGCAUCUCUUCUCCUCCAUAUAUCCAUGUAAGCAUUCUUUUUCUUCAUAACUCUUUUCCUCUACAACAUCUGCUGUUUCAUAGCAUUAGAAAUUUUUCCAAGAGGUUGUUUGUUAUAAAGGAAAUUCCUCUGCUGUUGUGGAGUUGAAAACGAAGAGAAGGAAAAGACUCGGUGUAGUUCAACUAAAUUGCUCUCUGGAAAAAGCAAAACAAAUUCCUAAUUCAAGCUAGUGACGAAAAUGGAAGAGCGUCCAAGGCUGAACAAGAAAAAUCCAGAUGGAAGGCAAAGAAAUAGGAAUUUUCAGAAUAAUAUUGCUGAUGUUGUGGUGGAGUGCAGGGAAUUGUAUGACUUUCAAUUCAACAGUUGCACAAGAUGGGACAGGCAAUUUCACAACAAUUACUGAUGCUAUAAAUGCAGCUCCUUCUCAGAGUGCAACACUAUUCUUUAUACAUGUGAAAGCAGGCACUUACAAUGAAAAUGUCAUAGUUCCUAAUAAUAAAACUAACAUAUGCCUUGUUGGUGAUGGUAUGGGAAUCACCAUAAUUUCAUCAAAUAAAAGCGGCAGCUCAGUAGCUGGUACAGCCACAUUAGGAGUAUAUGGAAAAGGUUUCACUGGAAUGAAGAUGACAAUUAGAAAUACCGCAGGAGCAGGAGCUGGACAAUCUGCUGCAUUGACUAGUGCAGCUUUUCAUGGUUUCGCUUCAUAUUAUCAAUGUCGAUUUGAAGGUUUCCAGGAUACCAUUUUCGCGCAAGUAGGUGCGCAAUUUUUCAGAGAAUGCGAAGUUUAUGGCACCAUAGAUUUUAUCUCUGGUGAUGGACAAGCCAUUUUUCAAAAUAGUGUAGUUUAUGCUAGAACACCUGUACCAGGACAAGAAGUUACAAUAAUUGCCGCAGGUUUAGACGGUAUAACUACGAAUCCAGGGCUAAUUCUUCAGAAUUGUAGAAUAACUCCUGCACCAGAUUUUAAUAAGUCAGCAGUGAAGAGUUACUUAGGCAGACCAUGGAAAAACCAAGGAAGGGGAGUAGUUAUGUCAAGUUUUAUUGAUGACUUCAUAGACCCCCAAGGUUGGCUUCAAAAACCCGAUGUCGCAAACACAUAUUUUGCAGAGUAUAAUAACAGAGGACCGGGGUCUAAUACGACAGGAAGGGUAAAUUGGUCAAAAGUCAUCGAUAAAACAGAAGCCUCCAAAUUCACAGUGCGCAACUUCCUCCAAGGUGAUAAAUGGAUCCCCGAAAUAAUCCCAUAUUAUCUAGAUCUUAAUGAUGAUGAGGAUUCUGUUUAGGAAUUCAUUAAUGUUUAAACAUGUUUGCUUUUGAUUUUUUGAAGUAUUGAUUAAGCACCUGAAAUCUCUUGAUUCUUAUUA